CCCCACUUGUUUUCCCUUGCCUGGGUUAUCUGACGUUUCUCUGAGUGUAGCGAAGUCUGUGCAAUGAUAUGGAUAUCGGGGUUUCGGCUACACGCAACAAUAACAUGCACAUGAAACCGAAGAAUGAAAACGAACAACAGCUAACUCCCCACAAACCAAUGUCACCCAGACGUAGACCCGGCGCCGGGUCGUUCGUGAGUGCCAUUUUCGGUAGUUUUUCAUUCGUUUCUUGCGCUGACACAGCUUUUAAAAAGCUCUUAGUCUGUGGACUACUAACUACUGGCAGUCGUACCCAAACAUCUAGUGGCGCAUUCAAUUAGAAGCCUCCCAUUUAACCCAGUGUGUCUCUCCUUCCUACGUGAUUUAAAUGCGAACUUCGUGAGGCUCAAGUAAUGGCCAGCCUUAUCACGGUGCUGUUGUCUUUACUUUCCCUGAAUCCACUCUUAGACGCAUGUAAGAGGAUGAUCGCGCCUCCGAUAAGGAGUGGGAGUGUGAUUUGUUUGCAUAAAUACCUACGCGUGUUUCUCCGCGGUUUCUUUUUAUAGCCGAAUAUCAUAUUGAGGCGUUGCAGUUCUUCUUACGUAAUGGAAACUUCGAUUUGAAUCCAUUCAACUGUCAUUUAUGGCUGUGGGAAACGUGUCCCAAGCGUUACAUAGGAUUCCAACUGUUUACCAGAUGUCCAAUCAUUGCUGAUAAACCAAAUGGACUGGAAGAACCUCCUCAGCAGCGGUGCCCUGGACCUGAAUGUCUUGCGCUGCUUCCUGCUCGACAAGAACUUCUGUCCCAGCCCCCAUAUCGAGUAUCGACUGUUUUCGCCCAAUGGGCCACGACGAGGAGUGGCUUUAAAUGUAAAAACCCCAACGACUCUCUACAAGGGUGGCUUCGAAAAGCAUCGGGAAACGGUCUUCAUAGUCCACGGCUUCAACGGCACAGCCAUCGACAUUCACCUGCAGUUCCUGAAGGAUGCUUAUUUAUCGCGCGACUUCAACGUGAUUACCGUGGACUGGCGGCCCUUGACGCGAUAUCCCUGUUACCUGCAUUCUCUGAUAAACACCAGACUCACGGCCCAGUGCACAGCCCAGAUCUAUGCAUUUCUCACCCAUUAUGGCGCCAUCAGGGAAAAAAUCACCUGCGUGGGCCAUUCUUUGGGGGCCCACAUCUGUGGCAUGAUCAGCAACCACUUGACCAAGAAACAAUAUCGCAUAAUCGGUCUGGAUCCGGCUCGUCCUCUAAUCGAGCGAAAGAAGAGCAACACAUUUCGACUAUCCCGCGACGAUGCGAGUGUCAUACAAGUUCUCCACACAAACGCUGGAUACCUUGGCCAGGAGGACAACACGGGGCACCUCAAUUACUGCGUAAAUGGUGGACGUAUUCAACCGUACUGCAAGGGAAAUCCCAUUAGACGAUACCGCUGUUCGCAUUUCCUGAGCAUUUGCUACCUGGCCACGGCCACUUACAAGCAUAGCAGGUUUAUGGGCGUUCCCUGCCCCAAUGGGUGUCUGAAUCUCAGCGGGCCCAAGCGUUUGCCAGUCAGCGGUAAAGUAAAUCCGUUCGAGUUUGUGUCACUUCUGCGGGAGUACCAUAUAGGCAACGAUGCCCCGGACGACGCCAGCGGCUGCAUUUGCAUAGAUGUGCCUUAUGCCAAGCACUGCCCCUUCACGGAUACGUAGGAGCUGGUCACUAAGUAGGUUUAAACUAUAAAAUAUAGCUGCCGGCAAUAAAUUGAAGUACAAAUAUUUUAUUGGCGCCUUGAUAUUAA